UUUAUUUUGCAUUGCGGCUUACUUGGACAUUUAUAAAGACUCAACACUGGCAAAAAUACAAACUGUAAAUGCUAUUAUUGAAAAAAACGAGAAUAUUAACACUUUUACAAUUUUUUGAAAAAACAUUAUUUUUCCUUGAAAACAAAGUCACUACGGUACUCAAACAUUUAUAAUAAACAAAGUCACUACAAACUCUAUUAAACAUUACAAUGGAAGCAAAGAACGAAUUACAAAAGAAUGCGAUUGCUGAAGCUCGCCGAACAGAGUUGGAGACUUUCCAGAGAGCUCUAGACAUGCAUUGGCUGAACAGUCGGAUGGAUGACGGUAGGAUGGGUCGGUGCUUGGCUCUCAUACAACGAGAAGCAGAGAUGGAAAAACAAUUUCAAGAGAGAACAGACCAUGCAGCCAUUGUGAAUGCACAAGCAGAGAAAGAGACGAAACUGGCAAUUGAAGUAGCCAAGCUUCGUAGGCAGGAGAUGUGCGAGUUGCUCCGUCGCCAUUACCUCAGGGAACGAGACCCAAGCUUGAGGAACUUGAUGCAGAAAUUACAAGCUGGUUAUGUGUGCAGGGAUUUGCAGCAACAAAUAUUACAUAAUCAGUAUAGGAAACUACAGGAAGAGACUGAAGAGAAACGGGCAAAUGAUGUACUCAAAAAUACAUUGUAUAAUGACAAAGACGCAUUAGAUAGAGAAGAAAGAGAGAAGAUGGAACGUAAUGAUGAAUAUUGCAGGGAUCUGCAGCAACAAUUAGUUAACAGACAAAAACAGAAGCAGUGCGCUUAUGAGGAUACACUGAUUGAGAAGAAAAUGCUUGAAGAAGUUAUGCGGACAAUCGCCGAUGAGGAUCACAGAGAAUUGAAGAAGAAACUUAUUGAGCGUGAGAAAGUCCGCAACGAGAUGGUUACGUUCAAGCGUGCCCGGGACGCGUGGAAGGAGAAACAGAAGCAGAUGCUCGUGAUCGAGGAGCGGCAGCUGGAGGCGCAGCGACGCGCCGCCGCCGACCGGACCUCCGCCGUUAUCGCAGAGAGGGAACGCCAAAUACGUGCCAAAGAGGAAUUGAACGAGAAAAUCGCUUCGAAGAUAUUGGCGGAUGAGGCCGCACGACGAGAACGCGAGGACGUGAUCAAACAGCUUCAGGAGCAGGAAUAUUUAGAGAAGAACGUUUUGGACGCGGCGGGCGACGCGGAGCGCGCACUGCACGCCGCCGCCGCCACGCAGCGCGCGCUCUCCCGCCAGGUGGAGCUGCGGGCGGCGGCGGCGCGGGGGGAGAGGCAGCGGGAGGCAGAGUUCAGGAAGGGGGUUAGUGCUGCUCGCUACACGACUCAUGUACCAUGA